AUGCGCGAAUUAGGCAAAUGGACGCAGUACCUCAUUGGGCUCGGCAUCAUACUAAUUAGCCUGAGGUGCUGUCAUACGGCAGAGAAGGAGGCGCGUUACAAGUGGACGGCGCUGAACUGGUUGCAACAAUCUAACUACAGUCAUGAGCUGCAUAAUGUGACCACAGCCGAUGGCUAUCAACUGCAGCUGCAGCGAUUGCCGCGAGUCGGAGCACGACCCGUGCUCCUGCUGCACGGUCUGUUGGGCAGCGCGCUCUCCUGGCUGUGUCUGGGUGCCGAGAAGAGUUUGGGCUUUCAGCUGCAUCGACGCCACUAUGAUGUGUGGCUGGCGAAUCUGCGCGGCUCAGCGCCGCAUGGCAGGCAUCAUCUGGAGCUGACCGAUGUCAUGUUGGAAUUUUGGCGCUAUAGCUUUCACGAGCAUGGCGCCUACGAUUUGCCAGCCAUAAUUGACCACAUUGUGGAGCAUACAAAACGUGGCUCAGGCUCAGCAGAGCAGCUGCCGCAGCAGGAGCUGGAAACACAGCAAAUACUGCUAAUUGGACACUCGCAGGCAUUCAAUGCAUUUCUGGUGCUCUGCGCAUUGCAGCCGCGAUACCAGCAGCAUAUAGCGCUGAUGCAGGCGCUCGCACCGCUGUCCCAGCUACAUGAGCAGGUGCGCUUUGAUGCACGACAGGUGCGCAACAUUAUGAAGUUUGUCAAGACACGACAAAAGGCCAAAAGGUUUGAACUCUUUCCAGUUGGCGAAAUGCGUCGCAUGUGCAAUAAGAAGAGGGAGCAAUGUGAAUUUUAUGCCAAGACUUUAGCGGGAAGUGCGCUCAAUAACAAAAAGCUACUCGAGAUUUUCAACUAUGAUUAUCUAUUGCAAGGCGGAUCAGCGCGUGAGCUUCAACAUUUGCAGCAGCUUUGGAAAUCGGGAGAUUUCAUAGCUUACGACUAUGGGCCCAUUGAGAACUUGCAAGUGUAUCAGAGCAUCGAGGCCAUGGGCUAUAAUCUAAGUCACAUAACAGUGCCCAUAAUACUUUACUUUGGUGAGACUGAUGCCAUUGCCACGCCCGAGGGCGUACAUAGCAUCUAUGCCCGAAUGCUCAACUCGGUGCGCAGUGUGCGUCGCAUUGGGGCUCGAAAAUUUAAUCAUUUCGAUUUUCUCAUUGCCAGCGAGGUUAAAACGCUGGUUAACGACAAGCUCAUUGAGCUAAUGGAACAAUUUCUCGCUGGCAAAUUAUCAUAUGUAAUUGAAUAA